AUGGCGUAUGGCGUCUAUGCCGGGAGGGAGGCAACGGAUCUUCUCAGCCAGAUCCGGCAUCGCACCAUCUUCUUCAGCUGCUUCAAGGUGCUCCGGUGGUCGGAGCUGGUGUUGUGGCGACGGAGGAGCGUGGAGAUCUCCAUAAAUAAGGUUGAUUCGGCGGGAUCUGGUGGUCAAGACCAAAGCUACAACCUUUUCUCCCUGAUCCGUCAUGGUGGCGUGAUUGGGGAGGGGAUGCGGCUCUUGGUCGGCUGCCCACUGGAUCUGCAGCAGGGGAGCGGCGUAGCUUCUCACCGGAGGUUUCAUACGGCGCCUCUGUCACCGUUCUUCAUGGCCGAAAGGCGGCCCCUCCAACCUCGAGUGAUGGCGUCUGGCCGUCACUUCCAGAUCUUCUUCUGGAGGUACCCUACGACGCCACUGUCGCCGUUCUACAUGGCCGAAGGACGGCCCCUCCAACCUCGAGCGACGGCGUACGGCCGUCACCUCCAGGCCUCAAUCAACCUCCAGCGGAGGUUCUCUGGUUGCGCCGUAGUUAGCUCCCACCUACAUGCCCCAAGUGGUCGUGUCCCCGGCGGCAUGCAGAAAAGGGCAACAAGGACCCUCACCUUUCCCUCAUUCUCGAAUCCCUCCGCCCCCACCAGAUUGGGCCUAUUCCGCCCGCUCCCAACCAACCGAUCGCCGCCGACGGCGACGGCGCUCCAUUCCCUUCCGCCCAUUCACAGCCUCUGCCCUCCCCCGCAAAGAGUCGACGACGUCCGUCCUCUCUAUCGCCACGCGAGCAACGGGCAAUCGGCCGGCGAGGCCAGCGGGGAGGGGAGGGGUGGGUGUGGCCACGAGGUAGGCGCCGGCGGCGGAGGGAGCCGCCAGACCCGGAAGGAGGGAGGUGCGAGCAGCGGAGGCGGCCCCCACGGACCGAGCUGCGAGCCUUCGGCGCCUACGGCUAUGUGGUCCGAGGAGUGGGAGCUCUAUCCAUCUUACAUUGGCGCUCAAGUCAUAGAAUAUGGAACAGUUACUGAAGAGACCAGUGAUGAUCGGAGUGGAGACUCCAUGGUGUCGCUGGACGCCGUUCUUCCUGACGAUCUCUUGGAGAAGGUUAUUUCAUUCCUGCCUGUUGCGAGUGUCAUAAGAUGCGGGUCAGUUUGCAAGAGGUGGUAUGAGAUUGUGCACGCUCGGAGCCGGACAUGGAGUAAAAUGGUUGCCCAAAAGCCAUGGUACUUCAUGUUUACUUGCAGCGAGGAGGCGGUGUCGGGGUUCGCCUAUGACCCGAGCCUCCGUAAAUGGUAUGGCUUCGACUUCCCUUGCAUUGAGAAGAGCAACUGGUCAACCUCCUCGUCGGCUGGGUUGGUUUGCCUGAUGGACAGUGAGAACAGGAGCCGCAUCAUUGUGUGCAACCCAAUAACCAAGGACUGGAAGAGGCUUGUUGAUGCUCCUGGCGGCAAGUCAGCUGAUUACAGUGCUCUCGCCUUGUCUGUGAGCAGGACAUCUCAUCAGUACAUCGUGGCUAUUGCAAGAAGCAAUCAAGUGCCGACAGAGUAUUACCAGUGGGAGUUUAGCAUCCAAUUGUACGAGUCAGAGACUGGUAAGUGGUUGGCUGCCUUCACUGAAGUGUUGCUUGGAUGGCGAGGGGGUGAUGAGUGUGUCAUUUGUGAUGGAGUUCUCUACUAUUUGGUGUACUCCACAGGAGUUUUGGUGAACAGUAACGAGCAUCGCCAUUGUGUUUUCAUGUAUGAUCUAUCUACCAGAUCUGUUCACACUUCUUUGAUGAGCAUGGCUAUACCAGUGCCGUGCCCACUUACAUGCGGCCGGCUGAUGAACCUAAGGGAGAGGCUUGUUUUGGUUGGGGGCAUUGGGAAGCAAGAUAGGCCUGGUAUCAUCAAGGGAAUUGGUGUAUGGGAGCUCCGGAACAAGCAAUGGCAUGAGGUUGCUCGAAUGCCGCACAAGUAUUUCCAGGGAUUUGGUGAGUUUGAUGAUGUUUUUGCGAGCUGCGGAGCUGAUGAUCUCAUCUAUAUACAAAGCUAUGGGUCACCAUCUCUUCUCACCUUUGAAAUAAACCAGAAGUUGUGGAGGUGGUCUGCAAAGAGUCCUGUUAUGAAGAGGUUCCCGCUGCAGCUGUUUACUGGUUUCUCGUUCGAGCCAAGCCUGGACAUUGCUUCCUAGUUUUCAUUUUGUUUGAGGUCAGUGGAGAUCUUCCCACUAUAUUUUUGCCCAGUUUCCGAGUUACAAGUGAGGAGAUCAUGAAGGCAUUUGAGCAGCACAGAAAGUUUUCAGUUCUUAUAAUCUAUUGUAUUUAUUGUUGGGGUAUAUCUUCUAUGAAAGUGGUGGGUUAACAUUUCGAA